AUGUCUCUCCGAUUUACGGGAGCCUUCCCCUCCGAAGAAGAGGCGCGUCAGAAGAGCACACAGGCUGUGGACGAUGACCAAAAUAUAUUUACCUGCAUCGAAGCUCUACUGCGCCAAGAGCAGCAAUCAAAGCACUACCAAGACCAGUUGGAAUUCAAAAUCAAUAGCGAUGUGGUAGAGUUUCAACGCUCCCGUGCCCAUACCCUGCAGUUACAGAGGGUGGUUUGCGGACUCCAGUAUCAAAGAUCGCAGCUCGAGACCUCAUUGGCCCACAUGGCAGAGGCCUGUCGGGUUAUGGCCCGAGAUUUAGGGUUUGAAAAGGAGAAAGUACAGGAACUCGAGUCUCGUCUCGCUCAGGUUCCAAGCAUUGAAUAUCUGCUGCAGCACUUGGCCCCCGGAGAGCGCCAGCGCGAACAGGUCAAUGGUGAAGGGCUGAACGGUCAUCUUUUGCUUGAAAAUCAACACCAACGAGAAUUGAUCUCAAGUCUGGAAUCCAUCGUUCGGGAGCGCGAAGAAGCGAUACGAGAGCUGAAAUCUAGGCCUCUAGAGAUGAUGCAAGAGCUUCGAUUGGCGAGUUUCGGCCAGCAUCACCCAGGUGGAUUAAGUCCAGAUGAGAUGAGCAAGGGUAUGUCGGAACAGUCAAGCGUUGAGAUCAUCACGGAAAGACCUUUGUCCUUUACUCAAGAAGCCAAGGAAUUUUGUACAUAA